CUCACUCGUCGUCUCUCUUUGUACACACAAACGGGCCGGGCGACUGUCUAUGCACACCACACCCAGCAAGCGGCCCACAUCAGUCAAAUCAGAAUUCGGCUCGCGAGAAACCCGUCCGCGUCACCACCUUCCACUUGUAAUCAGCACACGUCUUGCCCCGGCUGUCGCGCCCCGUGUGUCUGCUGUUCGUCAUCCACACCUUGUCGCGAGGGCUGUAGGGCAGUGGGGGCAGGGGAUAUGGGAGGGGGACGCGCACCAGCGGCACACGAGCAUGUGGAGCAGUAGGACACCGUGCUGUGGCCGCAUACAGACGAGGGACUGGGUGGGACCCUGCACACAGACAGACAGACAGACAUUCACAUACACUGUGUUUUAUGGGUGCCGAUCAACCUACCUGUCUGCAGCGGCUCGCUCUUGCGCCACAUGAAAGAGCGCAUCGGCCUGGGGGCACCACUGCUGCUCCCGGUGGAUGACGAUGAGCCGGCCGGCUGCGUGUGUGGGGUGGCGCGCGGCGGGGGCGGGGUGAGGCCUCUGAGGGUGUGUGGCGAGAUGAGUAUGCCCAGCUCGUAGGACUUGACAUACAGGCCGUUGUCCUUGUCCAUCUCGUCCUUGCCGCCCUUCAACUCGCCCCACGCAGCCUGUGUGAGCACACCGCACACACACGUGCACACGUCUGAGAGAAUGAAAGACAGCGAAUGGGAAGGCUUGCUCACUUUGCUGAGGUUGUGGCUGCCGACAUAUACCCACGCAACCUCCGGACGCCGGGCGGAGCCCGUCGAGCGGUAGCCAUACCUGAAAUACACACACGCCAAUUCGGCUGCUGCUGCCUGCCUGCCUGCCAUAUGCAGGUGUUUCCGCCGCUCACACACUUGAGGAAUGUCUUCAAGUGAGGGCACGAUGACGAUCUGCCUGGAGGGUAGGGAAUGGCGGCCUCUUCGCACACCUGCCUGCCGUCGACGUCGUGCGUGCCCCAUCUGUGGAGGGCGCCGCGCGGCAAGUCCCGCUCGCUCUUGUCCGCCUUGUCGGCUAUCUGCAGACUCUCCCGCGCGACCUUGAUCGAACUGAGCAAUCAAUCAUCGACAUAUGGAUAAGAGAGAGGGAGGUUGUGUUGUGUUGCGCUGUCCUUUGUGUCAAGCUCACCCUCACCUGCCCCCUGGCCAUCCCUCGAGUGACGUCCGCACCUGCACACAGAGCGCAUGAGAGGCUGUGACUGCAUGGGAGGAUGCAUGGCAUGGAGGCCAGUGUGCUUGCCUCGUGCUCGGUGGGCAGGACCAGCUGCCACGGUAUGUCGGCCUUUAUCUGAGGGUGGGACCCACUCGAGCACAGACUGCCUGCACGACCACACACACCACACACAUGGCCAUCCACAGGAACUGUGUGCAUGAUAAGCUUUGGGGCUGACUUAGGAACUCUUCGAUCCAGUCGGCAUCGAGGCUGCCGAUCGACGACACCUGACACACCACACUAAAGCUGACACACAGACACACAUAAACAGGUCCGGUGAGCGACUGGCAGAUCACGAGCAUGAGUCUAUCCCUCGCGCACUCGGCCAUGUUCUGAGGGUCCGCCUGGUGCCUGAGCAGAUGGCGGAGCCGCAUGUGGCCCCAGCGGUUGACACUCGGCCCCACAACGGUCUUGUUCGAACACACGUGGUUGCCCUGCAACACACGGACGCACAUCAGUCUUGUCCCGGCUUGAGCCCUUCUUCUGUUGGUUGCCUCACCUACCUCGACUGACGGCACGGAAGCGACGAUUUGUCCGAUGGCUGUCGAGUAGUCGAACGCUUUGAUCUUGUCACACCAAUCGUCCGCCUUUGUGGUGGCGCCAAUGAAAGCCGACAACUGAUCUGAGAGAUGACAAGACAGACACCAACACUUACAAUAGAUAGAAGGAAUUUGUCCUGACCUUCCAUGUCCUCGCCAAGUGAGGAUCGCAGCUCGGCGCCGUCCUCUUGCUUGCGUGGGAAGUCCUGCACGUAGACGGUCUGGUUCUUCUUCCACCUGAACACACACACAACACGCACACACGUGUGACCCCAUGCGCCAGCCACGAAGCGCUCCUCUCUCCCUCUCUUUGGUCUCACCACUCGUCGUAGAGGAAGUUUGCAGAUGUGAUGCACACGCGGAUGCGGUCAGCGUACGCCAGCAGGAUCAGCUUGGGGUGGAAGGUGCUGUGGGUCCCUUUGGGCAGCGGCACCGCCUCGACAGCCACCGUUGCUCCAGACGAGGCGAGCAUAUCAUCAGCAGACCGGCGGAGCGAUUCGAGCCGCAAUACUACACACACGCGCACACAUAAGGGUUCGCACGGAAGUGGAGUGUGGGCGAAUGUUGCCUGCUGACUUCUUCGCGGCAUAUUGUGUGUGUCCCCGGUGAGGAUGGUGAUGUGGCGCAUCGUCUGCAUCACGGGGCACUCGGACACCAACCACGGCUGAUGGAACAAAGGACAGCAAGAAAGAACGCGUAUGCGUCUGUGUGGAUCUAUCUCUGACCGGCCUGCCUGCCUGCCUGCAUUCUCUCACCGUACCUACCAGGUCAAAUCUCAUGCAGCAUAUCAACAUCUGCAAAGGGGAAACAGAAUCUCAUAAUUCCAUUGCAAAGGGGCACAGACAGGCAACGUGCAUAUAUCGUGCACCUCCCCUCCCAAUCCACCUCACCUCCUCUGCCGGCCCAUCGAUGACGUCCCGAAUGCUCAAGCAGCCCUCGUUGCCCUCGCCAUCGCCCCCAUAGUUCACUAUCGCGUUGAGGUAAAACGGCUGGCAGCGCCACAGCCAGGCGGUCUCACUCGCCCGUCCCUUCUUGCGGGCGGGCUCUGCUCGCUUGGCCGGGGCGUCGUCGUCUUGAGUGAGGUCUUGAGGAUUCUCGGCAGUGCCGUCGUGUGCGUCAUCUCGCGUCAGGUCGAUUUCGGCAGAGAUCCUUCGCUUCAUGGCUCAUCUACCGCUCGUCCAGCUAAUAGCCUUCGAGCCGUCCCGCAGCCCGUCCAAUGCAAAGGCAAACACAGAGAAUGAGAAUGAGAGAUAAACAGCGAGGAGUGCAUGAGUCCAGGUCCGAUCUCUUCCCACAUGCGUCACGCACCUGGUCUGUCGGUGUGCGGCGCUGCACGACGGAGUCGUAAGACUCCUCCUCGACACACGCACCUGUCAAGCCAACAUACAUUCAGCACAUCCACGCACGCUGAAUGCGAGUACCCGUCGUGAUGGAUCUUUUGCACCUUCUUCCUCUGAUUCAGACCCCAACACGUGCUUGAGCAGCCACAAAGCCGUCCUCUGUAGCGAGCUCAGAGAAUCUGUGUGGAGCAUUCUUGGCAUCUUUUCGAUGCUGUGGGUGCCAGAGGAGGCGGCUGACCCGCCUGCCUCGAUUAUAGGCCUCCACUGAGAGGUUGUACACACAU